AUGGCUGCAGCUAACGGACCACCCAUGUCUGCCUCAUUUGGUGGUGCUUCCGGUCCAACUCCUCCUCCUCCUCCUCCUCCUCUGAAACCUUAUGAUUUCUCGCCGGAUUCUGCGCCGUCCAGACCUACUCUGUCUCCGGAUCAAGUUCGUUACUGUUCCGAAGCUCUUCAAGUGUUCAAGAACAAGUUGGACAAUUCUCCCCAGGAUAUACGCUGGGAGUUCCGUACCUUGCAGGAUCAAAGGUUGAGAGCUUCAGAACUGAGGAGCAGAUGCUCGGUGGCUCUCGACAGUGUCAAUUAUGACAAAAAUCGAUACACGGAUGUCAUACCUUUCGACAGUAACAGGGUUGUUUUAGACCCAUGCAUGGAUUACAGGCCAUCUGCAAGAGGAUAUAUCAAUGCAAGCUACGUUAAGACAUCUGAUAAUGUAUCUCAAUUUAUUGCGACGCAAGGACCACUACCGCACACCUUUGAAGAUUUCUGGGAAAUGGUUCUCCAAAACCGCUGUCCUGUUAUCAUAAUGCUUACCCGAUUGGUGGACAAUUUUAAGACGGUCAAAUGCGGAGACUAUUUCCAAGCAGAUGAUGGACCCAGGGAAUUUGGCAACGUAUGUAUCAAUACUAAGUGGACACAAACCACUGCUACGUCAUUGGUUUUGCGAUGUUUGGAAGUACAGUACAAAGAGUCAGAAGAACCACCUUUGAAUGUUUUACACAUCCAGUAUCCUGAAUGGCCUGAUCAUGGAGUUCCUAAGGAUACCCUGGCUGUUCGUGAGAUUCUGAAAAGAAUACAGGACAUUCCACCACAUCUUGGACCAAUUGUGGUGCACUGCAGCGCUGGAAUUGGUAGGACUGGAACAUAUUGCACAAUUCACAAUACUAUUCAAAGGAUUCUGCUUGGAGACAUGUCAGCAUUAGACCUCGUCAAUACCAUCAGCCUUUUUAGGUCUCAGAGAAUUGGGAUGGUCCAGACAUCGAUGAACUCGAAGACCUUAUCUCGGAGUAUAAAAGCCAAAGAAGCUCAUAAUGGUACAGUUUACUACUUACCUCUUUCAGAAACUUUUCAUGAUAUUUGGCUGUCAAUUCCAGACAUUAAGGGUUGUUUUCUAUCCCAAGAUCAGCUGCCUGAUUUAUCCAGCUGA